AUGGCAGCGCUGGGAUCGCUCCUGGUGCUGCCGCAGUGCGCGCUGGCCCAAGAGAGCUCUCCAGCCGGAACCACCCUCCCGGAUACAGUCUGGAACUGUAGCGGGUGGCAUACCGUGGCCAAGGGGGACAGCUGCUCAUCCAUCGAGAAGAAGUACAACAUCACGGCCAAGCAGUUUCUGGCAUGGAACCCGUCCGUGUCCUCGGACUGCACUACCAACUUCCGGGUCGACUCCUCUUACUGCGUGCGCGUUGGGGCUCCCGGACCGACGCUGCCCGGAAUUGCCGCCAAUUGCGACAAGUGGCACAUCGUCGCGGCCAAAGAGACCUGUUUGGACCUAGAGAAGAAGUACAACAUCACGGCCGACCAGUUCUUCGCAUGGAACCCGGCGGUGUCGAGAGACUGCGGCACCAACUUCUGGGCGAAAUACGCGUAUUGUGUGGGCAUAGACAAAAACGUCCAUCCCAGCAGCUCUUCGAGCACUGCCCGUGUGACGAAAACAGGCAGUACCACGACUAAGAGCAGCCACCACAGCAGCACCACUACCCGAGUGACAACGACAACGCCGUAUUCAACUCGCAACCCCGUCACCUCCUACAAUCUGACAGCCCCUUACACGGCCACGGGUAUACCUCCCCAGCGCACACCGGCUGGCCAGCCGGGAAACUGCAACAGGUGGCACUGGGUGGCCAUGGGCGACACGUGUCAAUCCAUUGUGAACCUCUACGGAGCCCGACUUACCGAGGAGCAACUCCAUGAGUACAACCCGACGCUCGGCGAUGACUGCAGCGGUCUCUACUUCGGCUGGUACAUCUGCAUUGGCGUGCAACCCACGACGUCGGUGAGCAUCGGCUGGUCGACGAGCCCGACCAAUGCCUCGAUCCCAGCGCCGACGCCUUUUGUCCCGCCUCCUGCCACGGUGGUGCAGAACUUCACGGCCUCGCCCCUCGCGUCAGGCAUCCCAUCCAGCUGCCAGAACUUUUACGAGGCAGCGGACGGAGACACGUGCAACACGGUGCUGGGAAUUUACAACUACAUCACGAAGGACCAGUUCUUUGCCUGGAACCCGUCUCUGAAGGGUAACUGCAACGGCCUUUUGCGCGGCGUCUACUACUGCGUGGCCAACUAUGCGUCCACCAAGAGCCUCAUGCCGCCGACCGUGACGGCCAAACCGUCGCCGAUCGCCGCCGGAACGACCGGAAACUGCACCGCCUGGUAUCUCGCCGUGGGGAGCGACGACUGCUCGACCAUCGCCUUCGUCCUGAGCGACUGCAGCGGGAUCCAAGACUCGGUCUACUACUGCGUCGCGGUGCCGGGGACGCCGGCCACGCGCACCGCGCCGCUGCCGACCACGCCGACCGGCACGCUGCCCACACAGACCGGCGUGGCCGCCAACUGCACGCGGUACUGGCUCGUGUCGCGCGACGACUCGUGCGACUCGAUCGCGUCGGCCGCGGGCAUCGCCAAGGCCAGCCUCGUCGCCUGGAACCCGGCCCUGGGCGCCGACUGCAAGGGGCUCACGCCCGACUACUACGUGUGCGUGUCCACGGCGCCGAUCACGGACGCGCCCACCUCGACUGUCACGCUGCCCGGCGACGGGCGCCUCCCGACCACGACGACGACGAAGUCGGACACUGCAUCGGCGACGACGACUGGCCAGCCCGGCUCGACGCCGUCGCCGACCAUGCCCGGCAUGGUGGCCGGCUGCGUGCGGUUCUACUACCGCGGCCCGGACGCCAAGGAUCUGUACUGCUAUGACAUUGCCGCGGCGGCGGGUAUCUCGCUGGACGACUUCAUCAAGUGGAAUCCGGGCGUCGGCAGCGACUGCUCGAGUCUGUGGGCCGACACGUGGUACUGCAUCGGCGUGACGGGGCCGCGGACCACCAUCUCUACCGGGAAGCCCGUGCCGGUGGCGACGGCGUCGGCGUAG